UCAGUUUCUUGGAUUUUACGUUUGCUGACUGGAGUAGGUAAGACACUCCGUGUCCAUUAAGAUAGUCUUACGGUUCUUACAUGAUUGAUGGUACGUGUUUAAUUGGAAAGGUGUGCGUGACUUAUAACUAAUUCAUACGUUUCCAGUAAGAUAGUCAUACGUACCUUUAUGAGAUAGCCGUAAGUGUCUAGUAAGAUAGCCGUACGUACCUUUAUGAGAUAGCCGUAAGUGUCUAGCAAGAAGCAUCUUUUGAGCGAUUGUGUUAUUUUUUAAGUAGUACAAUAUUAUAAAGUUUGUGCAACCCAUCGCAUGACCAUUUAAAUGAAUGUAACAGGUUGAUGAGAUUUGGACGGAAUAUCAUUUGUAAAACCCUAAAAACAACAUUGCUCUAAAAAUCCUUUAUCAAAUGUAGUAUGGAGCACUUUUGUGGGGGGGGGGGGGGGAGCAUUGGGGGGGGGGUGGGGGGGGGAGGGGGGGUGGUUUAAAUUUGACAAAACAUGCAGACAGGUGACGCACUUUAUAAGAAUCCCAAUGAGUGUUCCCCACCUCAAGGCUCGCAACAGCACAUUUUUUUCCCACGCCCGCUGAACUCUAUUAACAUUCUAAUAACCCACCGACUUUUAAAUUGCAGAUUAAUUUCACAAAAUAUUUCAGACAAAAAAAUAUAUAUAAAUAUAUUACGCACCAAACCAUUAGCGAUCUAUUUUUUAAAAAUCUCAUUUAGCGAAGUUAUCGGAAAUUUUAUUUCGUGAAAUCAGUGUUAUCAUAUUGCCUCCAUCUUCCCCUUGAAAAACAGGACAAACGGAUUUUUGGGGGGUUGGGCGGUGGGGCGGUUGGGCUGAACAUUUGAUCGAAUGUGUAUGUCAUCGAAAAGGCGUCAGUGCACCAUAUUUCAGCUCGAUAGGUUGAAAGGAAGUGGAUCAAUUAGGCGUCCGGAGAUUUUUGUCAGCCAAGAAACCAAACCAAAGUUAAUAGAAAAGAUUUAAUAAUAAUAAUAUAAAAAAAAGGCUGACAAAGGAUGUUAUCAUUUAUUUAUUAUUUAAAAGAAUACAAUCCUAAACAAAGUUUUAGUACUUUUUUUUCCUGGAAAAGUGGGAUGGGGGGCGGGGGGGGGGGGAAUCAGCCUCAUUUUCUGCUCAGACACUAUCUCAUGAUAAUUCCUUUCUGUUGAAACACCUGGAGGGUGCUAAAUUAGUAGACUUUUUUUUUUAAUGCAAACAUUUUACAGGUAAGUUUUCUCCGCAAAUUUUUGUUUCUAAAGUGGGAUGGGGGGCGGGGGGGGGGGAAUCAGCCUCAUUUUCUGCUCAGACACUAUCUCAGGAUAAUUCCUUUCUGUUGAAACACCUGGAGGAUGCUAAAUUAGUAGACUUUCUUUUUUAAUGCAAACAUUUUACAGGUAAGUUUUCUCCGCAAAAUUUUGUUUCAUUAAAUAAAGGAGCCAGCUUUGAAAGGUAAAAAUGUACAUAUAUAUACCAAAUGUAUAAGCGCAAUAGUAAGUGAAAAAUUAAAAAAAUAAUUUUUUUAAAAGUCUAUAAAUUUGUUGACGAUAUUAUAACGUUUAAAGUUUUUAAUGAAAAUAUUUUCUUCAAUUCGGUCGAGAACAAAUAUACAAAGAAAAGAAUGAACGAGUUGGAAAAUGUCAAUCUAGAAAUCAAUAAAAAUAAAUUUAUGUAGCCCCCUCCAGGCCCCCUCCCAGCCCCAGCCCCAUCCACCCCCCCCCCCAAAGCACUCCAAGCAUCCCAAUGGUAUAGGCCUAAAAUUAAAUUGGCUGAUGUAGAGGAUUUGUUAAGAGAAUGACGAUUCUAUUCAACAGCAAGAGACACCAUUUUAAGCCAGUCAGGUUUGUGCAAAGGGUCAGGUGGCUUAUUGAAAACUGUGAGGAGGGGGGGGUCGAGUGUUGACCUGGUCUCAACACCCCCUCUUUCAGACCAACAGACCCUGGUGCGUUCUCUUGUUUAGGACACCUUUUAUCCAGGUGUGUUUACUUAACACUAGAAACACAAAAAGGUGAGGCUGUCCAUAAGGUACGUCAGGCUAUUUUUUUUUUGGGGGGGGGGGCAAUUUUUACCCCCCCCCUCUCCCCUGUCACAAUCUGAAACAAAAAUCCGACCCCCCUCCACCAACCCCUAAAGUACGUCACGUUUUCAAAUUAAAAAUGUGCAAACUAAUUAAAAUGAAUUUGAUCUAAAACACACAUCACUACCAACUAUUACAUUUAUAAGUAGUGACAUCCUCUAUCGGAACAGAUUCGUCACAACAGUAGGCUCAACAUCACUGUCAAAUUCAAGUCUGUCUGUGAAGACAAAACAAACAAGCAAAGAGGGUGUGACGUCACACAAAAUCUUAACCAACCCCCUCCCGGCGCCACAGACUGUCACACUUUCUUAUAACCCCCCCUAACCCCCGCCCCCCCCCCCCCGCCACCCAUUUAAGGUCUGCGUCAGUGACGCACUUAACAGACCAAAUUAGUCACGAUCUCUCGAAUAACAUUUUUUCCAUUUUGUUCGACCUCUGUUCGUGUUGCUUGGUCAUUAUAUAAAAAAUUUUUUUUAUCUUAAUCGGAGGGGGGGGGGGGAUAUUUUAAUUUAUGAAAAGAAAUUGCACAAUUAACCAGCUAUGUCUAUAUGCGAAGUGAAAUUUUGAAUCAGCCCCGAAAAGAAUCAUGCGAGCAUAACUUAUUUUUAAAUUUAAAAAAACAGCUCGUGUGAUGAUAGUGUAGCCAUCAGUUGAAAAGAAAGUAGGCCUACACAAUUCCUUUCGGAACUUGUAUAAUUUACAAUCAUAAUAACUGUGAUAAAUAGUUUUACAAAAAUCCCGUUUGCGUCGACUCGAUGACUUGCUAUUUUAAUUUUCAAACAAAUUUAGACCUAACUAUAACGUUUUUCUUUGGAACAAUAGUGUAUGUAAAGCUUGUAAAUAUAUGGAUUGUUUCCUUUGUAACAUGUCUUGUAUUGUUGUUUAUUUGUUUGUUUUUUGGUUUUGUUGUUUUUGUUGUUGUUUUUUUUUUGCGGUUUCGUGUUACCUUUGUUUCUUGCGAGACGUAAAAAUACAAUAAAAUAAAUUUUUGCAACCACAUUUCAGAAAAAUGUAAAGCGAUCUUUUAAUUCUUCGAACACAUGUUAUACUUUCGUAAUUUCGGAAAAGUGUUUCAAACAGGAGGCACACAAUUAAAAUCAUGCGAUUCGCAAUAAAACAUGUCAACAAUCUACAGUGUGAGAAGCGCAUCUAUGGGGUGAGCUGAAAGAAAAAUUCAUAGCAAAACAAGUCACGGGAAAAAAAAUUGGACAUACAGUUAAAAUUAAAGUGAAUAAAAAGUUUUGUAUGUGACAUUUUUCUGUCACUUUAUUUUUCCUCUAAUUUUUUUUUUUUUUUUUUUUUUUUUUUUUUUUUGAGGGGGUGGGGGUUGACUUUUUUUCCCUGUACUCCUACAAUCCAUCGAUGGACGCAUUCCAAAGACGUCAUUCAAACAAAACAAUGUGACAACGAACCAAAAAAACUGACUUUUAACAAGUACGAAUCUUGACGUUAACAAUCUCAAGCAGAUCAGAGACUACAGAAAAAACACAAUCUGACACGGAAAGUUGUUAAAAGAAACUUUGUUACAGAUCGUUUAUUAUAAAAAAAAAACAAACCUAAGUUUCCCGGGGACGCAAACAACAAUAAAGUCAUAUUUUUUUCACCUGUUAUGUGGCCUCAACCGUUCAGACGCGUUUCGCUGACCUCGGGUCAUUUUAUCAUGAUUUAGCCUUGACCUCGCUUAACAGGAAGACAAUAUUUACGAAUAUAUUUGUCUUUAAAUCUACACUUUCCUCAAUUAUAUCUUCGAAAGCUUUAAAAAAAAAUUUGCUCAAUUAAAAGGCCUUAUUGUGUUAUUUAAGGAUCUUGUGCUUGACUUUUAAAUAGAUAUUUUGUAAAGACUUUAUCAAUUUUAUAGACCGCACCUAAUUUUAAGACCUAACUUAUUUAAAGACGUUACUUUAUUGAAAGACCUUACUUUAUUUAUAGAUCUAACUAUAUUUAAAGACCUUACUUUAUUUAUAGAUCUAACCAUAUUUAAAGACCUUACUUUUUUUAUAGAUCUAACCAUAUUUAAAGACCUUACUUUAUUUAUAGAUCUAACCAUAUUUAAAGACCUUACUUUAUUUAUAGAUCUAACCUUAUUUAAAGACCUUACUUUAUUUAUAGAUCUAACCAUAUUUAAAGACCUUGUCGAAUUAAAGACGCUACCAUAUUUAAAAAACUUUCUAUAUAUAAAGACAUUGCUGACUUUAAAAGCCUUCCUACAUUUAAAGGUGUUUUUUCGAUUCAAAGACCUUACAAAAUUUCUAGAUGUUAAAGACCUUGUCAGAUUUAAAUACCCUACCGGAUGCAAAUACCCUACAGGAUGUAAACACCCUACCAGUAGUAAACACCCUACCAGUAGUAAAUACGUUGCUUAGUUUAAAGUGCCGGGUUGGGGUAAGAUGUAAUAAUCGUGGACCAGCUGACUGGAGUGACCCACUUCACAAGCGACAUACUCCAGUCUUCCUGCAUUGUCCAGGGGGUCAACGUUUAUAAUCUGUGUCCAGCGGUACAGGCCAUUGCCCAGAUCGUCCACACUUUCAGUUGUGUCCGCAAACGGUUGGCCAGCGGCGUUCCACGCGUGGAGUUUGGCGUCAGGCUGAUAUGGGGUGUUGAUGAUGCAAGUGAUAUUCACCUCAUCCUAUUAUAAAAAGAUCAACACGUUAUUAAUAUAUAUAUAUAUCAUAAUAUAUGUAUGUAUAUAUAUAUAUAUAUAUAUAUAUUUUUUUUUUGUAGUUUUGAUUUUUUUUUUUUUUUACCUAUUGGUUUUCAUAUAUAUAUAUAUAUACGUGAUUAAAGUAUAUUUUUGCUCCACUGAAGCUUAAUAAUAUACUAAUUAUGGAACAAGACGUUUCAUUUAUCCUAGAUUUUUUAAAGUUUUACAACUAUUUUACAAGAACUCCUCUUACGAAGCAACUCUUGACUCCCUCUAAUAUGUCCUUGCUACUGAACCAAAUGCUUUCUGAUUCAAGCUCAAUAACCUCUGGUAACUAACUGAACACCUUCAAAUACCUUCUGACCAUGGACCCCAUAACCCUGAUACUGAACGAAACACCUUCAAAUACCUUCUGACCGUGGACCCCCAUAACCCUGAUACUGAACGAAACACCUUCAAAUACCUUCUGACCGUUACCCCCAUGAACCUGAUACUGAACCAAACACCUUCAGAUACCUUCUGACCGUGGACCCCAUGAACCUGAUACUGAACCAAACACCUUCAGAUACCUUCUGACCGUGGACCCCCAUGAACCUGAUACAGAGCCAAACACCUUCUGACCAUGGACGAAGAUCACCCGUCUACGAUUCCUCAUCUCUGAUCAUUGAAUAAAAUAACGAAUUAAGCAAUGCAUAGAUACACACGUCUUUUACGGUGACCGAAGACAUUUCUUUGACAAUCGUCAUCGGGUAGUAGUGAAACACGUUGAAAUCCACAACAGCCUUGACAUUGCCCCUGCCGGAACCUUCACAGGUAAACCACUCGUUCUUGAGCGGGUCCUGGUCCCCCGCAAAGAGCAUGGUAUGGGACAUUGAGUUUCUCGUCCUCUGCUCGUGGUAACUGAGCAAAUAAUAACAAAGCUUUGUCACACUCAUACACACAAAAAAUGUUUUAAAAAAUUAGUGAGACACCUUCUUGGCAAUUUUUACCAGAUAUUGAAAUUAGAAAUACAAGGUGGGUGGGGGGGGGGGGGGGGGGGGGGGGGGGGGGGGGGGGGGGGGGGGGGGGGGGGGGGGGGGGGGGUUCCAGCAAAUUAUUUUUUUAAACAAAUAAUCUGGACUUUGAGCUAGAAGAUUAGAUGGUCAGAAUUUGAUUUUAGCAUGACACGACAUCAGCAGUAUAUUUACUUUUAUUUUGCAAUGUUACCGCUUUUCAAAGUACAACUACAGAGGAUAUUACUUUUCUUAAAAUUGUUUCGUUUACAUGUUGGUUUUUUCCCCCUUGCAAGCUAAGUUUUUUCUUUUUUAAAGACAUAGCCCUGUUAGAAUAAAUUUCUUUUUUGCUUGAUAAUGUAGCAUUUUCAACAUCUUAUCUACCAUUUUCAACAUCUUUUCUACCAAUUUCAACAUCUUUUCUAAUAAUUUCAACAUCUUAUAUACCAGUUCCAACAUCUUAUCUAAGAAUUUCAACAUCUUAUCUAACAAUUUCAACAUCUAAUCUAACAAUUUAAACAUUAAUUCAUUUCAUUUACACCUCAGAAUUACGAUGGAUACGUCAUUUUCGUUUUCGUAGUUGGAGUUGUGGACGAUGGCUGCUUUAGUAACUUCAUCCCCAAUGACGUCACAUGUGACGCUGCAUAAUUUGUGGUAGCUAAAAAUAAAAGACAGAGUAUUGUGAAACUGAAAACACAAGAAGUAUUGAGAGCACAGGUCAGCAUGGCCCAUACGACAAUGUUACGUUUGGACAGCAUGAUCUACGACAAAGUCACAUUGGGCAGCACGGUUUACGACAAAGUCAAUUCUGGGCAGGAUGGUCUACGACAAAGUCGAGUCUGAGCAGCAUGGUCUACGACAAAAUAAUGUCUGGGCAGCAUGGUCUACGAGAAUUUCACGUCUGGGCAGCAUGGUCUACGACAAAGUCACGUGGGGGCAGCAUGGAUGGUUUACGACAAAAUCACGUCUGGAAGGCAUGGUCUAAGACAAAAUCAGAUCUGGGUGGAAUGGUCUCGGCAGCAUGAUCUACAACAAAGUCAUUAAUGGGCAGAAUGGUCGAAAAUUGCGUCAUUUAUGGGCCGCGUGGUCUAAAUCUACGUCAUUUUUUUGUACAGCUGGGAAUAGCGUAUGAUAGUUUCGCUAUUGUGCAAUACAAUUUUUACUCUUUUUAACUCUUCGGAUAAUAAAUGUCCUCUAUCAUUUAUUGCUACUUACAUACAAGGGACAGCAUUCCAGUCUCCCACCAUCCUCCUGACAGGAGUUAUCUUUAUGCCUAGGUAACGUGGUGGAAAUGACGUGGACUGGCUGUAGGGUCUUAUUAUGACACGGUGGGUGACCUGCGGCAAAAUUGACCAGAAUACGGCUAAAAAGAUUGUGUGAAACUGUUGUCCCUCAAUAAAUGGCCCCAGACUGACCCUGGUUAUAGUCCAACGUAUGUGAAUGCAUGCCAUCUUUAGGGACGGGUUUUUUAAAUGGUGUAUAGUUAGAAAUAUUUCUAUGGCAGAAAUAUAGCAACAAAACCCUUAUUUCUUAUAAUCCUUAAUGACUAGAAAUGUUUGCUUUGGUGAUCCAUCAUUGAGCUAGGCAUGGUUUGUACAGAUGAUGUACGGCUAGCAAUAUUGUGUAUAGCUGAUGAAUAGCUAGAAAUGCUUCGUAUAGCCGUUUUAUGGCUAGGAAUGUUUCGUAUAGCUGCUGAAUAGUUAGAAAUAUUUUGUAAUUGCAGCUGUAUAGCUAGAUAUGUUGUUAUAGCUGUUUUAUAGCCAGGGAUUUUUGUAUAGCUGUUAAAUAACUAGGGUCUGUUUGUCUAGCUGUUGUAAAGCUAGGAACAUUGUUUACAGCCGCUCUAUAGCUAAGGGUAUUAGUGAUAUUUCAUAUAGCUGCUGUAUAGCUAGGAGUGUUUCGUAUAGCUGUUGCAUAACCUCAAGCUACAUACUGCUAUAGAGACCACAAUCCCUCCGGUCAGCUGAUGACGAAAUGCAAAGGCGAUGUAGCCACUCCAGAGCUGCUUUGAUGUCUUCAUAGUGAUCUGCACUUCAUUCACACCGCCGACUGCCAGGCUUGAAAUUCAAUUGAAUGAACAUGUAAAUAUUAUGUCAAAGUUUACACAAUUUUCAUUAACAUAUAUUGACGGUGAAAGUGAAUGUAUUUAAAUCUAAUUUACCAUAAAAAGCAUAUGUAUUUUUACGCCAAUUACAACUCAAUGGAUGUCAUAGUGCGUGAUCUCCAGUUGAGAUCAACAAUAAAAUAAUCUCAGUAUCUCCUAUAUUCAUAGCAGAACAAGUAUGAAAAUAAACUAAAUGUCUACAAAAUAUGUUGACAAGAUGACCAAUUACCUCGGAAAGAGUUUUAAGUGGUCGUCAACAUGUUGCUCAUUCGUGGUACAAAACCUACACAAACUCUUUCCUCUGACCUUCGCGACUCAGUUGUCCAUUGUGUUCGUUCUCAUACAUGCUUGGCUCGUUAAAUCGCCCUACCUGUCACAAUAGUCUCACACUUUGAGUAUAAACUAUAUGUGUGCUCCUUGCUACCGCCUUACCUGCCACAACAGUCACCACAAUUUGUGUCUAAACCACUAUUGCCCAUGCUAGUGCCCUACCUGUCAAAGUACUCCAAGAAUUUGAAAUCAAAAUCUGAAAGGGGACGUUCCACAAUUUCACUGGUCAGCACGUCAAACCGAGCCAGUGAAAUGUUCAGAUCUAACUCGCCCCCCUUUCCAUCUAACGACGGUUCUGUUUUCACCUGUAAGAUAUAAAUGUGGGGGACACUUCCAAGAAUAUUUAAAAUUUAAACAAUCUAACAGCAGCUAAAACGUAAAAAUACGAAUAUUUUUUACGAUAAGGAUUCUUUUAAUUGUAUUAAAAAAAUAUAGAAACUUUUUAAAGAAAAUAGCAUUUUUUUCCCUUCAUAUUAAUGGCUUCAUAUUUGAAGGUUGUAAGAUAUAUGGGACUUUAUAUAUGAAAAUCGUAGGGAAAUGACAGGUGGUUCAAGCCGAUAACAAAAUACUAUUUUUUUCAAAUUAUUCUAUUACAACAUUUUUUUUUUAUUCGCAUGACAGAAAUUGUAAGUGUUCGCGUCUAACUUGCUCCUCGCUGUAAGAGCAGUGCUUAACACAGGGCCAGCCUUUAAGGGGUGCGACCUGUGCCCUAGCACAGGGCGCCGUUGCCAUAGGGGCGCCUGGCGCGCCAUAAAAUAUUUAAAUUCCCUUAGUUUAUUAUAGUGACGGUGUGAACCUUGGGGUCCGGGGGUGAGAAACGGUAUUCUAACUUGUCGUACACGGCGUGUGCGUAGGGCGCCAUCAACGAUCUUCGAAAAUAGAGGAGGGGGGGGGAAGCAUUGCAUGUGGGCGCCAUGGAAGAAAAAUAGAAAGUGAAAUAAAAAAAAUAAAUAUGUUGAUACAAGUUAACAAAAACAAUUUUAUUGUUGAUUUUGUGUCUUUAAAAAAUAACAUUGGUAAUAAACUCAUUACCGAAUAACUAGUUUUUCUGUUAAUGGUUAUACAUAAAAGGGGCGCCAAAGUCAAGCUUGCACAGGGCGCCAGCAAUCGUUGGGCCGGCCCUGCACAACAGUACAUUUUCAUUUGGAUUUUUUUAUGUGGAAGAAAGAUUCACAGUUCAGAUUCCGAUGAGAAAUUAUGACACCGCGAGACUUUAAUGAAAAUAAAAGAAAAAAAGAAACAGGUUCAAAUAUGAGAAAAAAGUUGCUAAAAAUUAUUAUUAUUUUUAAAUAAACCUUUUUAAAAGUCUUCAAUGCGCAACGCAUUACCAUGACCUGACAUACGGUCACUUGCGUUACAAACGACCCCUUGCGGCACCGAUUCUCAACCUGUGGGUCGCGACACCUUUAGGGGGGGGGGGUCGUACUACCCUUUCACAGGGGUCGCCUAAGACCAUUCGGAAAACACAUUCUCUACAUUUAUGACGUAGCAACCAACAUAAUUUUACGGUUGGGGGGUCACCACAACAUAAGGAACUGUAUUAAAGGGUCGCGGCAUUGGGAAGGUUGAGAACCACUGCCUCACAGCGACAUACCCUUUUAACGCAGUGACCGAGUACAAUUUCUUUGUGGUCCGUGGGACUUUGCAGUGACCUGCGUUACCUUUCACUUGACUCCCCCCCCCCCCACAACUACCUUAAAUACGUUGUCUUCUCCGUCUUCAUACUGGAUAUCCCCCGGAUACUGCAAGGAAAUUUCUGGAAGAGAUACGGUGGCCAGGUUCAUGGUUCCGGGUUUCGUUUCACUGACGUCGAACUCCAAGACCUGGGUGUUCCUAUGUCAAAUAUAAUCAAAUGAAAGGAUGAACUUUUUUUUUUUAAGUACUUGGAUGGUCUGUACGGUGAAGACUGACGCAGUAUGACAUGUCAAUAAAGAUGCCUAGGCUGUCUAGCACAUCAAACGCAUCACGUGACAUCAACGAUGUUUGCGUGUGUCUAAGGAAGUGUCAGUAGGAAUCAAAAUAAGCAUUUCUAGUCUUCAACCUCAAGCACUGAAGACCUCUCAGGAUUCCGAUCAGUCCGACAGUCAUCAUCUCCUGACUAAUUUUUUUUAUAGAAUCUGAUUCUGGCGUAAGCCUAGAGACUGCAACUUCACUUUAAAAUGUUCUUAUGUUCAAAUUCUGCAUAUUGACUUCACUUUUGUUCAUGGGUGACUGGCUGACUGGCAAAAUCUUUGGAGGGCUAAUUGACCCACUUCCCGUCAGCCUAUUGAGCUGAAACGUGGCACACAGGCUCUUUGCCCAUGACCAGACAUUCUUUCAAAUGUUAAGCCCUAACCCCCCAAAAAUCAUUUGUUUCCUUUUUUCAAUGGGUUUAUAAAACAAGACCUUGGAGAAAAAUUUCCAAAAUGAACUCGGUGCGUAAUAGUUUCUUUUUUUUCUAAAAAUAGCUGGUGAAAUAAAUCUCCUGUGUUAUAGCGGGUAGGCAUUGUAAUAUUAAUAUUGUUCAGGGGUGAGAAAACAAACAAGCGGUUGUGAGCCUUAGUUAAAAGGGGGGGGGAGGGGGGGUGCACUAAUUUGGAUUCUUAUAAAAUGCAUUGCUUGUGUGAAUGUUUUGUCCAAUAUUUUGAGAAUAUUUUAGCCAUUGCCCAAUAUUACAUUGAAACAAAAUUAUUUAUAAAAUAAACUUUGUUUUUGGGAGGUUGUUGAAUGUGCGUGUAAGGUUCAGCAAACCAAAAGUUUCAUCUGGGGGGGUUGUUGGUGUGCGUGUAAGGUUCAGCAAACCAAAAGUUUCAUCUGGGGGGGUUGUUGAGUUUGCGUGUAAGGUUCAGCAAACCAAAAGUUUCAUCUGGGGGGUUGUUGAAUGUGCGUGUAAGGUUCAGCAAACCAAAAGUUUCAUCUGGGGGGUUGUUGAGUGUGCGUGUAAAGUUCAGCAAACCAAAAAGUUUCAUCACUUAAAAUCACUCGUAAUUUAUACGCACCCAAUUUUCCCACACGUGAAGGUCAUCGUAAGAUUCGUCUGUAUCUGGUCGUAGAUGACCACGCUGGUCUCCAGGACCCUGCCCGAGAUGACGUUAGUGGAUCCUGGAGGAUAGAUCAAAUGUGUUAAUUUGUUUUUUAAUUACAGGGGAAAAUCCAAGUUAAUAUAACAAGCUGGUGGUGAGUUGAGGGUUGGUUGGGGGGGGGGAGAUGAGGUGAAUGUUAGAUACAACAUUCAGGACUUUCAACGCAAUUCUAAAACAAGCAAACUAAUAAUAAAGACACUGCAUUUCCUUGAUGGUUAUCACCCCAGGAAUCAAAUGUGUUAAUUUGUUUUUUAAUUACAGGGGAAAAUCCAAGUUAAUAUAACAAGCUGGUGGUGAGUUGAGGGUUGGUUGGGGGGGGGGGAGAUGAGGUGAAUGUUAGAUACAACAUUCAGGACUUUCAACGCAAUUCUAAAACAAGCAAACUAAUAAUAAAGACACUGCAUUUCCUUGAUGGUUAUCACCCCAGGAAAUGCCAUUUCCCAAGAUGUUAUGGGUUUAUUGUUUGCUAGUUUCAGAUAGUUGGUGAAGGCUGCAAACGAAGAUAUUAUAUUAUUAACUUGACAAAGACUGAAAGACUAUACUCAGUCGAGAUGCGCAUUGACCAAUGACGCACAUACACAUUGAGCAGUGACACACAUCGACCAAUGACACACACUGACCAGUGACACACACUGAACAAUGACACACGCUGACCAGUGACACACAUCGACCAAUGACACACACUGACCAGUGACACACACUGACCAGUGACACACACUGAACAAUGACACUCAUUGGCCAAUGGCACACAUUGUUACAUGAAUGUUUGGAAGGAGUAAAGCUCCUGAAAAAUAAAUGGAUGCGUCACGAAGCUGACAUCACUCGGAGACGGACACGAAAAUUACAUUUCUACAUUAUGUUCAGUGGCCAUUCAUUCAAUCGUUAGGUUUUUAAAAUACAUUCGCUUCAACCUGUGUCAGGACUGCACGACACCCCCCCCCCAAACCAAACUACUCAUAUUUCCCCGUAGUGAAAACCCAUUUAGGAUCCACCAGCACAUUCUGACAACCAUGGACACCAAUCACCUUCUAGCAUGGCAUCAUCGUCUCUCCAGGUCACAGGGACUCCCUGCUCCUGCUCGAUGUACCGCACCGUGAGGUUAAACCCACCCACACCCCGCCGGGUCUUCUCAGCUCCCAACAAUUUGACGCAAGUGCGGAGUGGGUCGUACUCCACCAAGGGGUCAUCGUCUGAGUCGAUGGCGCUAUCACGGAGAUCACGCUCGUGGAACUGAAAGGAAAAAUUGAGAGAACGUUCCUUAAAAGAACACAUGUGUGUGUGUGUGUGUGCGUGUGUGUGUGUGUGUGUGUGUGUGUGUGUGUGUGUGUGUGUGUGUGUGUGUGUGUGUGUGUGUGUGUGUGUGUGUGUGUGUGUGUGUGUGUGUGUGUAUAGGAAAGGGUACUAUGAUGAUUUUGUAAAAUCUUGAGUUCAAAACGUUUAAAUUUAUAUAUUUGUCAAUCAGUUUGCAAGCCAACAGUGUCAAUUUACCCAUUUGCCCCUUGCUUGUAUUAUAUACCAUAUUAGUUAUGUUUUCCUGAAUGAACAGCCAAGGAGAGGACAGGGAUUUGGCGUUAACCAUAGACCAUGUGAGACCCGGUGUCCCAUAAUCAAACCACGACGUGGCCUCAUGUGGAGAAUUGAAAGGCUCAAAGGUCUCAACACAUUUUUCAGCAUCACACUAAAGGAAUCGUCUCCAACUACAUUUCAGACAAUUUGAUACGCAUUGAUUUUAACCCAUGAUAUAUAUAUUUGCCAAAUUUGACAUAUCUUGUACUGCAGUCAUUGCUUAAUAAUGAUAGUCUUUUGCACCCUUGCGUAUUUCAUCUAUGAAAAAUAUCAUUGAUGAUCUCUUAGAUAUAUAUUUAGCUUCUGGUGUGUCCUGCUUCCUCUUCAAACCCGCCCCUAACUCACUCAUGUUUUAUAUUAACAGUUGCGAGUGAAAAAAAAGUGUGACACGCAGCGAGCUUCAUGAGUCACGUCUGAACUCUUCUAGAGAGGUUGAAUUAUUUUGUCGUUAUAGGGUAAGGCGACUACAUGUGGUCACACAGUGCGCUUCAUGCCGACACCGGCAUCUCUAUUCGCGGAUCCGGCAACUGCCUGUUCCUCAUCAGUGGGUACUUUCUUGACACAAACGGUUGACGAAUCCAAUGCACUCUCACUACAUGGUCAUAUUAUAAAAAAUGAGAACUUUAUUCUUUUAUUAUUUAUUUUUGUGUGUUUGUGUGUAACACUUGGACCUACCGGGUAUUUUCUCAAAAUACACGAAACCCGGUGUUAAAAAAAAAACACUGCACCCGGUUAAGCGCUGGUGUUAAAUAUUCAACUUUUAAAAAGUAAGAAACUGGGCACUCCAUAAAAAAAAUAUAUUUUUAUUGAUCAAAUUAAUCAAGUUAAACAAGUUAAACACCGCGACACGUUAACCUACCGAAAUGUCGGCCGAACUUUGACCGAUCACCAACAAUAACAGCCACAAGUGUGAAUACAUUACAGCUUGGUGUCUCAGGACACAUGAAUGUCAUCAACUGAGUGGACAUAUGAAUAUCAUCAACUGGUGGUGAUCCCCUUCAACUGCUAGGCCUGCACCGGCAAACAAUACGUUUCGUAAUGAGUCUUAAAUACACACGUUAAUGGUAAUUUUAAUUGCUCUGUUAAUGACCUACCGUGUCAGCGGACCCAAAUAAAAUUUCUGAUAGGGGAAACAAGCCUGAGAUAGUUCACAAUUUCCCCCAUGGGCUAUUUUAUGGUCAUUAUCGAGUUGACUAGUCGAAUUUAUUUGAAUCAAAUUAAGGACGUGCGAUACGGCAACUGGGCAUCAUGGGGACCAUUCGUUAAGAAUGUGCCACUUCUGACAGCCCCCCCCCCCACCCCACACUUGUCACUAAAGUAGUGACCCAUCUAGCCCCCAUCCAUGAAACCUGCGGACAUAUUAUAUUGAUGUUAAGCUCAACUUAGGGUGCAACUGAGAUCAGAUACACUUUCACUAGAGUAAGAAAACUGAGAUCAGAUACACUUUCACUAGAGUAAGAAAACUGAGAUCAGAUACACUUUCACUAGAGUAAGAAAACUGAGAUCAGAUACACUUUCACUAGAGUAAGAAAACUGAGAUCAGAUACACUUUCACUAGAGUAAGAAAACUGAGAUCAGAUACACUUUCACUAGAGUAAGAAAACUGAGAUCAGAUACACUUUCACUAGAGUAAGAAAACUGAGAUCAGAUACACUUUCACUAGAGUAAGAAAACUGAGAUCAGAUACACUUUCACUAGAGUAAGAAAACUGAGAUCAGAUACACUUUCACUAGAGUAAGAAAUGUUACGGAAAAAAACAACAACCAAAAAUCAUUCCACCAAAAAAUAGUAUUUGUCAAAAUGAAAAGAGUCGGCGAGACUGAUACUUAGAGACAUACUGAAGGAGAUCCCCUAAUUAUCAAGCAUUUUUAUCACAUUAAUUCACGACAGCCAUGAACAAAAUGCAUGCUUAGACCUAUCAUCAGCUUUGACUACCCACGGCCGUGCAUGUUCUGUGUACUAGAGCAAUGAAAACGUCCCACGUGCUAACUGAGAUUUCAUUUUUAAUUUCUUGAUUACUUUUACAGCUAAAGAUGCCUAAUUUUUUUAUUUUUUUUAUUUUUCAGAAUGUCUAUCAGCGGUAGAAUAUCUCUGAUUUCUCUGGUGGCUGUCGUCCUAAUAGCCGUGGGUACGCUCCUGCAUGUCAUUGGACUUGCCACCCCCGAGUGGUCAGCGAUAAGAACUCUUAGAUCGUUUUACGUGGGCCUGUGGAAGGCGUGUGUGCCAUUAGGAUGCGGUGAAUACAACGGACAUGCGGCAGGUAAAUCAUCGCCAGACUUUUGUGAGGAUGUUGCGAGGAGGCAGUGAGGGUCUUUUUUGGUUUUAAAAUAGAGCGUGCUCAGAGCCGUCCCGUGGGCCCUGGAACCCUUGCAGCUGCAAGAGGCCUCAGAAAUUAGGGGCCCAAAUUUGUAAUGUGAAAAACAACCCAUCUAUUUUGAUGUUGGAGGCAGAAAAGUGAAAAGUGGCAGAGUGACUCUGAGUGACUCUGUCUUUUUUUUUUAUGACGGGGUUUAAAGUUGUUGUUGUUGUUUGUUUUGUUUUUUCAUUUUGUUUUUAAAUAUUGUUACCAAUUUUGUUAACAGAUUUAAUUAUUUUACUAGCCAGGAGUUUUUAGCAUUUAAAUUUCAGAAAUUUUAAAUCUUUGUAGUUUUUUUUGUUGCGCCUAAUAUAUAUAUAUUUUUUAAAGCUUAAAAAACAUCUCUCUAACAAAGUGAAUGUCUGUCCUAGUAAAAGAAAAGAAAAUCUAUUUUUUAAGAAUUUUAAAAUCGAAAUGACUUCUGUUGUUUUUUUUUUGUUUUUUUUAUAAAAACACCAUUAAUAUAUUUUACUUUUUAAUUUUUUAAAUAAAGCAACUCCGAUGAUGUUAAUAUUUACCUGUUUAUAACCCCUUUAGAUAACAUCAAGUCUUGCGAAGCUUUCGCCAUUUUGGGGAUGCUGGCCAGUUUUGUGGGUCUAACUAUGGCGGCCAUUGACUUCACGCUUCCACUCUUGGGGAAAGGUGGAGUCAAGACGUUGUCUCUGUUUUCAUUGGCUGCUUGUUUAGCAUCACGUACGUAUGAGUCGAUAGGCCCAUGCUUUCCAAACAUUACAUUUCGGCGACACACAUUUUUUUUUAAAGACAUGCAUAAUCUCGCGACACACGGGCUCAAGCAUAAAGUGCAUGAACGCGAUAUAUAAGGGACACAACAUAUCUCACUUUUAUUAUGUUCAAAUUGUAGGAGCUAUUAGUGAAACACCACUACCAAAAUCUACACCACCAGCCUUAUACAUUAUAUGAACUGAUUCCAAUCAUUCACUAUUUCAACUUCUCAUUCAGUAAGAGUAAACUUUAUCACUCAGAUGAAAGAAAUGGAUUCCUCAUCCAAUCGAAGUCUUAAUUUCUCAUCCAAUCAAGAUCUUCAUUCCCCAUCCAAUCAAAGGCUACGCUCCUCGUCCAAUCAAAGUCUUCGAAGCCAGCAUUGGGAAAAAUAAGGAAGUACUUUCUCCUGAAGAACUUCCAAUGGCCCACAAUUGGCGAGCUUUUAUAAUUAAAUCCUUUAUAGCAACUUCGCUUAUGCGUGUUUAGUGCAAAAUCCUCCCGACGGUUAUUUGACCAUUUUCCCGUCGACCUAUCCAGCAGAAACUUGGCACAUAGAAUUUAAAAAAAAACAAAUUAAAGAAUAAAAUAUAUCGCUUUUUUUUAAACAAUGAAAUCCAGAGAGAUACAAUUUUUGACUGGGACUCAAAAAGGAACGAAAUACACCUAAUGUAUUAGCAAAAUGCACCUAAUGUAUUAGCAAAAUACACCUUAUGUAUCAGCAAAAAAGGAACGAAAUACACCUAAUGUAAUAGCGAAAUAUACCUGAUGUAUUAGCAAAAUACACCUAAUGUAUUAGCGAAACACACAUAAUCUUUUAGCGAGAUUUAACUUUGAUGAUAUUCAGAAAUCGUCAGAGAUCAUGUACAAAUUUAUCAAGAAACGAUCAUUCAAUGGAAAUUAUAUCACGUGUCCCUAUUUCAGUUGCCUGCAUCUUGAUUGCCAUCAUCGUGUGGGGAGCAGACGUCCACCAGCCGAUGAGAUCCUUCGGUUAUGAAAUCGGCUUUUCCUUCAUUCUGAGCAUCGUUGGAGGGGUUCUCAUUGCUGUCGGCGGAGGUCUCAGUUUUCUCAACAGAUUUGCAAUUUCUCCUUAGUUUAUAAACAGUCCAUUUCAAAGCUAGUUAAACGAUCGAGGCGUUCAUAAGUCGUACAUCUACGACAGCUUGACUUAAGGCUACACCUGUGGGAGCGUUUCUACGCCUCCUCGCGCUGGUAACGUCUCACCAUCUUCAAAAUUUUAAUCUCCUGAUUCGCUUGAAGAAAUUUACCACAUCCAUAGUGGAUAUUUAUCUACUUACAUGUGUGCAUUUGUUGUUCACUUUUUUUCCUCUCAUCAACAGUGACCAAUAUUAGGAAAUGUAGUCAUGCGUACCAGGAAAGACAAAUGUAAAUAUUCUUAAUAAUAUUAUUUAUUUCUAAUUUUCUUAUUGUCAUUGCUAACUUUAUUUCACUUUGAGACUGACUAACGCAUGUAUUUUAUUAUAUUAUUAUUAUCAUUAUUACCAUACGAUAACUGUUAACAUAUAACUGCCCCCCCCACCCCCCGAAAAUCUGAACUGCCACCCCAGGGGAACAUUUCUGAAAGAAACACUGAGUGUACCUGAAAUAUCUUUAUGUUAUCAUGUCCAUUCUAUCAUUUUCACAACUUAAAAAUGAAUGAAUGGCUGAAGACACAUUUCACGGUGGUCUGACUUUUUCGUGUUUCUAAAUGUUGAAUUCCGCACGACAAGAGAUUCUUUUAAACUAAACUUCCUCCCUCCGAGUCUUGAGUCUUCCCAUUUCUAAUUUUACGUUUUAUUUAUCUGCGCGUUUGUCUUCAUUUGUUAAAUUACUUAAAUGCCUAAUUUGAAGAAAAUUUAACAGUAGAUAAUACCUAUUAUUUUAUGUAAGGGUGCAUGUAUUUUGGGGGGGGGGGGGGGUGGAAAUGAAUGGGAUCUAAAAAAAUAGAAAAAAAACAAAAAU